AAAAAGAAGAAAGCCACGACGGUGGGGGAGUAUUGCCAACUGGCAAACAGCGGAAAGUAUCGGACUCCACCACACUCGGAUUUUGAGGAUUUGGAGCGAAAAUACUGGAAAACCCGCCUCUACGAUUCUCCGAUCUACGGCGCUGACAUCAGCGGCUCCCUGUUUGACAAAAACACCAAAGAGUGGAACCUUGGACACCUGGGGACCAUUCAGGACCUGCUGGAGCACGAGUGCGGCGUGGUCAUCGAGGGCGUCAACACCCCCUACCUGUACUUCGGCAUGUGGAAGACCACGUUCGCCUGGCACACGGAGGACAUGGACCUUUACAGCAUCAACUACCUGCACUUCGGGGAGCCCAAGACUUGGUACGCGGUGCCGCCAGAGCACGGCCAGCGCCUGGAACGCCUGGCCACGGAGCUCUUCCCGGGCAGCGCCCGCACCUGCGAGGCCUUCCUGCGGCACAAGGUGGCUCUCAUCUCGCCCACCGUGCUCAAGGACAACGGGAUCCCCUUCAGCCGGAUCACGCAGGAGGCUGGCGAGUUCAUGGUGACGUUUCCCUAUGGCUACCACUCUGGCUUCAACCAUGGCUUCAACUGCGCGGAAGCCAUCAACUUCGCCACCCUGCGCUGGAUCAAUUAUGGCAAAGUGGCGUCCCAGUGCAGCUGCGGGGAGGCCAGGGUCACCUUUUCCAUGGACGCCUUCGUGCGCAUCCUGCNGCCCGAGCGCUAUGAGCUGUGGAAGCGCGGACAGGACCGGGCGGCUGUGGACCACACGGAGCCCGUGGCGCAAGGCAGCCUGGAGCUGAGCUUCUGGAGGGGGGUGUGUGCCCCCGGGAGAGCCGCGCGGGGCCUGAGGCACCUCCCCCCGCGCCGGGCCCCGCGCGCCCUGAGGCUUGUGGCCACUGGCCAGGGCACCGGCUGCCGCACCCCUCUGCGCCCGGCCUCCCCGCGCCCCUUGCCCGCCCAGAGUUCUUCCUCUGAUGCCCAGUCCGGGGCUGUGCCCGCCCGUGCCUCCCGGGAGCCUGGCCCCACCCGGCCACCGCCCCCCAAUCCCUCUGCCCCAGAUCUCCAGCCCUGCACUGGGCGGUGUGGUUGUGGUCGUCGUCCUCGGGAGCAGGGUGCUCGGGGGUCUAGCGUCCAGGCCCGGGCCAAGAGGCGCCUCUUGGUGGGAACGGGGCACACGGGUCUCCCAUUGGAUCCUGAUAAUCCGAUGCACGCUGGCCCGUGCCUGCUAUCCCUGGACAGUAUCACAGUGGCCUUCUUUGACAGUGUUCCUCCUAACGUCACUGGCACUCGGAGAAGAUUCCCCAGGCACGCUGAUGGGGACUGCAGGGCCCCUGUGGCCCUCUCUGAGGUUGUAAUGAUGGACCACACUUAG